ACAUUCUUCUCCAUUUUCUUCUACCCAUUUCAUUCUCAAUCUCUCUAUCUCUGGAAUGAUGAAUUCCUGAAAAACCAAAAAAAAAAAAAAAAAAAAGAGAAAGAAAUUAAAUUACGGCUAAUUCUCCUCCUACUUCGCAUAUCUCUUUCCUUCAAACUUCUGUUUUCCUUCCUAAGACCAUUUUCUCUCACAAAAACUAUGGAGAACAAUCUUCCUGAGAAGUCUUCCACCUUUAACAAACGAGAUGUCCACAUCGACGACAUCAACUCCGAGACCUCCUUGCCAGUUGAAGAAUCCACCAAGUUUGCAGCAGAAGAAAAACCAACUGCUACCGAGACAGAUAUCAAGGAGGAGAAGCCUGUUGAGGAUGAUCAGGAAUAUCAGAAGAAUGCUGAAAUUGAAACCAUUGAAACCGAAGACGCUCCUCCUCCACUAGAAAUUCAAUACACUGUUGAAACAGCUCUUGAAGACGUCGAUCGUUUUCUCACGACUCUCUGCGCCCCGAAUGGUGAAGACGAAGAGUCCUCUCUAAACAUUCCCGAGUUUGCUGAGAAAUGCUUGGAUCUUGUGGAGGAAACAAUCGUAAAACAUGAGUCUGGAGAAUUCAAAGCCAAAUGGGGUCAGCUUGCAGAGGAUGAUAUCGCUUUUUUUGAUACGGUGGAUCGGAUUUCAAAGCUGAACAUAUCAAUCUCUAAAAUCAAAUCUCAUCAGAAUCAUAGCCUUUUGAUUAACCGCAUCUGCGGCAUUCAGCAGCGAGCAAUGUCUUUCUUGGAGGACGAAUUCAGGAUCCUCUUGGAAGAACCCAGAAGCGUGGAAUCGGAACAGAGCAGCGGUGACACAAAGGCAAAGCAAGAGCAACCGGGUCAAACUGAAAAUUACAAUUCCCCGAGUUACACCCCGGACAUUCUGUCGAGCUUGAACAGAAUUGCCAAGGAGAUGAUAGCCGGAGGGUUUGAAUCCGAGUGUUGCCAAGUUUACACGAUGGCGAGGAGGAAUGCCUUUGAUGAGCAAUUGAGCAGGCUAGGAUUUGAAAAAACCAGCAUCGAUGACAUGCAGAAGAUGCAAUGGGAAGCGUUGGAGAGAGAGAUCCCAAAAUGGAUCAAGACCUUCAAGGAAUGCACCAUCCUUUUCUCCAGCGAGCUUAAGCUCGCAGAGGAAAUCUUUACGGAUUCUCCCUCAAUUUCUUCGAGCCUUUUCAUCAAUCUCACGCGUGGCCUGGUGAUUCAAUUUCUCAAUUUCGCUGAAGCCGUGGCCAUGACCAAGCGCUCCGCAGAGAAAUUGUUCAAAUAUCUGGACAUGUACGAAACACUGCGGGAUAGUCUUCCUGCCUUAGACACCCUGUUUCCCCAAGAGUUGGCAAACCAGCUGAGAACCGAAAUGACAACCACCCGUUGCCGGGUGGGAGAAGCUGCCAUAUGCAUUUUCUGCGAUCUAGAAAAUUCAAUCAAAUCUGAUACAGGGAAAACUCCAGUUCCUGGCGGUACCGUUCACCCUCUGACUCGCUACACGGUUAAUUACCUAAAAUACGCCUGCGAGUAUAAGGACACACUAGAGAUGGUAUUCAAAGAGCAUUCAAAAAUCGAGCGUGCUGAUUCAACGAGCAGGACUUGUACUGAUUAUGACGAAAGCUACAACCGCGAGACCGGAGUGGAAGAAAGCCAAUCGCCGUUUUCGAGCCAGUUGAUGAGGAUGAUGGAUUUGUUGGACGCAAACCUGGCGGCAAAAUCGAAGCUGUACAGGGACAUCUCUCUGACCUGCAUCUUCAUGAUGAACAACGGGCGUUACAUGUUGCAGAAGGUCAAAGGGUCUGCUGAGAUUCACAGCAUGGUGGGGGACAUUUGGUGCCGCAAGAAGUCAUCGGAGCUCCGUAACUUCCACAAGAAUUACCAAAGAGAGACGUGGACUAAGCUGCUGGGGUGUCUAAGUCACGAGGGUCUUACAUCUAAUGGGAAAGUGAUGAAGCCAGUGCUGAAGGAGAGGUUCAAGAGCUUCAAUGUGAAGUUCGAUGAAAUUCACAAGACACAGAGCACCUGGGUGGUUAGCGAUGAACAGCUGCAGUCGGAGCUUAGAGUUUCGAUACAGGCGGUGAUGAUUCCGGCAUACAGGUCGUUCUUAGCUCGGUUCUCACAGGUCUUGGAUCCGGGAAGGCAAACGGAGAAGUACAUAAAGUUUCAGCCUGAGGAUAUAGAGAAUUACAUCGAGGAGCUGUUUGAUGGAAACGCAACGUCAAUGGCCAGGAGAAGAGUUUAGGUAGUCCCUAAACCAUGCAUUCUAUUCAAGGAAAAGGAAACUUAUGUUUACUGUUUAUAUAUACAUAUUGGGCAUCAACCUUUUGAAUUUAAUUUAUGAAUGAAUGUAUUUUUCAUUG